AUGUGGGCUCUCGGCAAGACACAAAUUGUGUCUGAAAAGUCGCGAAAAGACAAACAAGUCUUCCAAAGCACAAUGUCCUGGGCAAGCCUCAGCACAGAGAUUCAAUGGCUCAUCCUAGACUACCUGCGCGACUCCAAAUGUCGCCAGUACGAGCCUCCCGCCCGCCGCCGAGCGCGCAGAGAAACAACCGGCAUCUCCCAAGCAGCCUACGCAUCCGUCUGCCGCGAAUGGAAAGAGUUAUUCGAGAAGGCCAACUUUGAGAAGCUCAUCCUCCACCAGGACGACGUCACAAUGCUAGGCGAGAUCAUUCCGCGAUGCGGCGCGCUUGUCCGCUGGAUCUGGCUCCGCAUCGAGCUCCCCUCAUACGACUGCUCCCUGUGCGAUCAGCCGGAAUCGGUGGAGGAAGACAAGAUCAACAAAUAUCUCUUCACCGAUGCUAUUUGGGGUCUGUUUGAGAUCCUCAGCCAGCUGAACGAUAAGCAUCACCCCGGCAUAACCCUCGAACUAAGCGCGCACUCGCCCAGCCUCGUGGACCACUAUGCCCAAGAGCUAGGCUGCAUGAUCAAUGACACUGCAUGGCACACAUUAGGCGGAAUCCAGUCCCCUCGGUCCCUCAACGACCGGUUCCAUCGCUGGUGGUUCGGUCAGCGGCGGCGCAUCACGGACGCUGCCGCCCUCAGAAUGGUCGGUCAUCCACAGGGGCUCCGUUUCGACUUGCGGGCACCCGCUGUCAAGCGCAUGGACAAGACGCUUCCCAGGGUCAGGGCCGUCAAGGCCUUGGUGGUCCGCGGCCAGUGCUAUCGACAUUUGUCGGUGUCAAAGGCCCUCGACCCCAUCAUCAGAAAUCUCACUCAGUUGCGCGAUCUCUCCUACGAGUGUUGGGAAGGCUAUGACACGGCCGAGAUCAAGGGGCGACAUAUCCGAUUGCGCGAAAACAAGAUAUUGUUGUCAGAGACGCUGAGGUACCGCCGAAGCUUGCGUAGAAUCUGCCUAUAUGAGGGCACCAGUCGCUGUAAUGAAGAUCACCUCCGCCCUAGUUUGACUUGGAACCGUUCCGUAAUUGGUUUUGGUUCUGACCUGGCAAAGGCAAGUCGGAACUUGAACGAGCUGUAUGUCAACGACCUUGCCGAGGCCGAUGACUUCUUCCGGCCAUUUUGGGGCACAGAUCUCCAAAAGCGCGCGCCGAGGCAGAUGGUCUGGAGGAAUCUCAAACGCAUCUCUUUGUUUGCCGAACUGGUUCCCCCCCUUUCGUACGAUGGUCGGAUACAGGCCGCCGGCCACGCUGCCUGCAGGAUGCCACAGCUCCAGUUUAUGGAGUUGUGGUAUUGCAAUGGGCAAUAUCAGUGCGUCUUCACAUAUGAUAUCUCGCAGCAUGCGCACGAUACACACAAACUCGAGCUCAGAAGCUCGUGGGGAGGGCAUCUUACUCCAGCCACCGUGCAGGUCUGGAGGAGCGCCGUUUGCGGCCGAGGGCUGGGAAUGGAACUCGAGGUCCGCGGGCAAGGCGAGGUGUGUUUUCUUCCACGGGGGCGUGAUCUCAUGUGUGCGCUGGUGUUGAGAGGGGAUGCGUUGACAGAGACCAGCCGACGGCAGAUAUUGGGUCAACAUGGACACUCGGGCUUGGGCAGGGGUUCAAGACAGAUGAAAGCCGACUACUAG